ACAUGAACGGCGCUUUAAAGAGGAACAUCGUCGAUUGAUCGAGUUACAUGAAGAUGUCUGUGAGGAAAGAGGUGAGUCUGUCUCCGGAUGAGAUGCGACAGAAGCUGUAUCAGACCUUCAAGAGUCGCGGAGUUCUGGACACACUGAAGACGCAGCUCCGGAAUCAGCUCAUCCAGGAGCUGCAGCAGCCGGUGCGUCGAGGAGAGACUGUUCUCAGACCAGCUGCAGCUCACACUGACUCUGUGUUAGUUUCUGCAUGCAACUCCGUCAUCAUAGAUCACCUGCGGAGUGUCGGAUAUGACUACACACUGUCAGUCUUCUAUCCAGAGAGUGGAAUGAACAAAGACAAGGUGUUGUCAACCAGAGAUCUUCUUCAGCUAAUUAAAAUCAGCCCUCAUUUGCCUUUAUAUAAAGCUCUGAUAUCAAAUAUCCAGAAGGGAGAGAAAGGCUUCUUGUUGAGUCUCCUCACAGAGUUGACCGACUAUCAUGUUUCUAGAGAGCGCUGUGAUACAGCUACGCAGACCACCUCUACACCAGCACAUAAAGAAUCUCUCGUUGAGAAGAUGCAGUUGAUUGAUGAGGAGUAUGAAGGUCUGCGACACAGAGGAGACCGCUGGGCGUCAGUCGAGGCAAAGCUCGCAGAAUACAGGAAGGAGAUCCAGGAGCAAGCUCAGGUGGAGCUGAACGCAAAGCUGCAGCACUUUAUGGAUGUGGAGAUCACAAAGGUGAAGAGAGAGGAGCAAGAGAAAUCUCGCAAGGAAAUCCUGGAGCUGAGACGAGACAUGGAGAGAACGUAUGAGCACAAAUCGGAGGCGCUGAUGAAUCGAGAGAGAAACGCCAUCGAGCGAUUACAGAAACAACAGGAGAUAGAGGAGAAGGAGAUUUAUUCUCAAAGACAAGCGCUGCUGAAAGACAUUGAAUCGGUGAGGAGCAGAGAGGCAGAACUAAAACAGAGAGUGGAAGCCUUUGACAAGACAUGUAAGCUACAUGAGGAGAAGGUGACAACCAUGGAUGAUCUUCUUCGGAGGAGAGAACUGUCUUUGAAGAGCAUGGAGGACGCAUUCAAUCAGAAACUGAAGAGCGAGUUGAUGAAACACCAGCUGGAGCUCAGGGAAGAUUACGUCAAGAGAACUGAAAAGCUGACUGAAAAUGAGAACAAGAACAAAGCAGAAACGCUUCGUCUGCAGGAACAGUCAGCAGUUAUUGAUGCAAAAGCAGAAGAACAUGAGAGACACUUAUCAGAACUCAAACUUUUAAAGGUCGAGUUGGAGUCGGUGAGGUCGCAUGCGUCUCUGUUAGCACAACAGAACAAUCUGCUCCGAGAGAGACUGGAGAACAUGAGUGAUUAUCCAACGCUGAAGAGAGAAACACUCGAGCUGCACAAAAACAUUACACUCAUGAGACAACAGAUAGAGGAGAACCAGCUGGAGAACCAGAGACUCAGACAAGAUCUCAGCGCACCGUCUAAAGAGCAGCUGACACUGCAGACGGAGCUCAAGAGACUCGAGACGGCUCGCAGACUGGACGAGGAGGAGUUUGAGACGCAGAAACAAGUGCUACACACGCAGCUCCAGUAUGAGGUUCAGCAGUGUGCGCUGUUGAAAGCUCAGCUCCUGGAGUGUGAGGAACGGACACGCUGGAUGACCUCUCACACUGAAGAGAUCAAACUACAGCUGAGACAGACACAACAAGCUCUGGAGAAUGAGAUCCUUCGAAAUCCCAAACCUUCCCUCAUAGACCGUUCGCUUCUCACUUUGAGCGCUGACAAACUGCUUCCUCCUGAUGUUUACAUAGACAGUGCUGUUCUCAUGAAGGCCAGGCCUUUUGACGGUGAUUUAUGUGAAGCAGGAGUGGCUCUCAGUGUCCUGCGGCAGCCGUGGUCUCGCGGUGAAACCCAAGAGCAUGACUCUGAGCUGGUGUCUGGAGCGCUGGCUCGGAUUCGAGAGCUGGAAAAGGAAGCGGAAAGACUUGAGGAGGCGUACAGGAGCCACCAGCGGAGAGCAGUUCAAGAUCUCACGCAUCCUCGAACGACAACCCCAUACAUCAGACCGACAGCUGCCACGGCACACAGAGUGACGUUUGUUGCAGCGGGACGCGAACAGACAGUGGAUGAACUCGGUAGAAGUGCUUCACCGAGAGAUCGGACUCCUCCACCGAGACGUUUGUCUUCCACACCCGUCUCCAUCUCCAAGAGCAAACGCAGAACGGAUGCUGAUGAGAGCGGCCCCUCGUUCACUCAAGAUGGGCUGAGGAUGACCUCUGACACUGAUAGGCCAUCAGUGCUGUUUGCUGAUGUGAGCACAGAGCGGCAGAUCUCACCAAUCACCGCUGGAGAUUCGAUCGCACACAUCAGUCCACUAUACAGCCCAAGAAUGAAGAGUACAACACGAGACCAUAGCAGUCCACCAAAACUACAGGAGGUGAUCUCGAGUUCAUCUCAAGAGUCGUCCCCUCAGCCAGAGAAGAUCACCCUACAUGACCUCACUGACCCUGGAACACUUGUGUCUGCAGAUCAGGAGUGUAUCUUACAGAAACUUGAGGACUCUCACACGGAGCGCUGCCGAGAAGAGAAGGAUGUUCAGCCAUCAUCAUCAGCCGUUAUGGUACAGAAGGACAUGCAUGAAGAGGAGGAGGAGAGAUGGCAGGAGGAGAGGAGGACGAGAGAGGAGAGGAGACAGAGAGAGAGAGAGGAGGCGCAGGAGAGAGAGCAGCGAGAGCUGCAGAGACUCCAACAGGAGCUGGAAGCUCAAUAUGAGGAACAAGCAAAAGAGGAGAGAGGGAAAACAGAGGGUCAUGUGACACCAACGGCAUCACCGAUUGGAGGAGGAACUGAUGAGGAUAAAGCUGAAGAGGUUUCAGGUGGAGCUGAUGUGACCAAUCCACUUCAGAAAUACAUGAUGAUGCUGAUGCAGGAAAAACAGGAGCAGAGCCCAAAUAAAGAGGCGUCACAAGAGCAAAGCGCUCAAGAUUUUCUGCUGUCUGACAACAAGGACGACAGCAUCGGUGCGCUGUCACAUGAAGAACCGGAUGAUGAUUUCUGGUGAAAUGCUUCCAAGAGUCGCCUUGCCUUUUUAUGUUUGGUGCUUUGUUCCUUUGUUUAUAUUUAUGUUCUGAUUCAAACUAAAACCUGUGUGUAUUUCUGUUUUUAUUUAAAGGUUCUCAUGAAUAAAUUUGAUAAGAAUGUU